AUGCAAGUUUCUUGUCUAUUUCUCUUCUGGGUCCACCUUUUCCUCUUAAACUUCGCUUUUCCCUCACUUUCUCACCCUCUUUUGACUCCAAACAACAUCACCCUCUAUGGUGACGCUUUCUUUAGAAACAAUGGCAUUAGUCUCACUCAAGAAACCACCUGCCUGCCUUCUUCUUCUCCUGCUAACAUUGGAAGAGCUCUCUACGCCUACCCUUUUCGUUUUCUUGAUCUCAAGAACAAAACCACUGCAUCUUUCUCUUGCCGUUUCUCUUUCUCCAUCAUCCCAAACCCCCUAUGUCCUUUUGGAGAUGGCAUCGUUUUCUUGAUCACCUCUAAUGCUGAUGCUUUCAGCUUCUCCAAUGGGUACAUAGGACUUCCACAACGUGACUUAAACUCUCAAGAUUCUUUCUUUGCUGUGGAGUUUGAUACGAGUUUUAAUCCUUCAGUUGGUGACAUCAACGGUAAUCACAUAGGGAUUGAUGUGAACACGGUCGUUUCUUUUGCUUCGGUUGAUGUUGUGUCAAAAGGGGUUGAUCUUAAAAGUGGGAAAAAGAUAACAGCUUGGAUUGAGUAUAGGGAUUCCGCCAAGUUGAUUCAGAUAUGGGUUAGUUAUUCAUCAACUAAGCCUCCAAGUCCUGCUCUUGUUGCCCAAAUUGACCUUGCCACGCAAUUCAAGGAAUAUAUGCAUGUUGGUUUCUCUGCUUCUAAUGGACAAGGUUCUGCAAUGCACACUGUUGAUCGAUGGCGGUUUAAAACAUUCAGGACUUACCGGCCUUCUGUGAAUCCAAUAGAUGCAAUUGAAGAAGGGUAUUGCUUCAUGUGCUCUCCAGAGGAUUCAUCUACCAAUAGCCCUCAGAUUUAUCGUCCUCAUAAAAGAAGUUUCAAGAUGGGGAACAUGGCUGUUGCAUUGGGAUGCUUAACUAUAUCUGUUGUCUUUGUAAUAGCAAUUAUUGCUGUGAUUUGUUUCUUUGCGGUGAGGAAGAAAAGGGGUGUUGGCAGAAGAGGAAAAAGAAUACAGACUAGAGUUCAAAUGAAUAAUGUACCAACAAGAUUGUCACUUGCGGAGAUAAAAUCAGCUACAAUGGGGUUUCAUAGGAAUAGAAUUGUUGGUGAAGGUGCUUCAGCGGUUGUUUACAAAGGGUCUCUUCCUUCUGCUGGAGCUGUGGCAGUGAAGCGGUUUGAUCAGUCCAACAAAGAAUGCGGUCGUAAUCCUUUUACCACCGAGUUUGCCACGAUGAUGGGUUGCUUAAAACACAAGAACUUGGUCCAGAUUCAAGGGUGGUGCUGUGAGGGAUCUGAGUUAAUCCUGGUCUAUGAGUACUUGCCCAAUGGAAGCCUUGACAAACUCCUUCAUAAAAACUCGGAUUCUGUAAUUUUCCUCUCUUGGAGCUUAAGAUUAAACAUAGUUCUAGGGGUUGCUUCUGCUCUUACAUAUCUACAUGAAGAAUGUGCAAGACAGAUAAUCCAUAGAGAUGUGAAGACUUGCAACAUAAUGCUUGAUGAUGAAUUCAAUGCCAAGCUUGGAGAUUUUGGUUUAGCAGAAGUCUAUGAACAUAGUUGUGCUUCAAGAGAAGCCACAAUACCAGCUGGAACGAUAGGAUAUCUCGCACCUGAGUAUGUUUAUUGUGGUGUUCCAACUGUGAAAACAGACGUUUACAGCUUCGGUGUGGUUGUGCUGGAGGUGGCUACAGGAAAGAGGCCUGUGGCCGAAGACGGAACUGUGCUUGUUGACUGGGUUUGGGACCUGUGGGUGAGAAGGAAACUAAUUGAGGCCGCUGAUUGUAGCCUCUCAGGGAGGUACGAUGUUUUAGAGAUGGAGAGGAUGCUCAAGGUGGGACUUUGUUGUGUGCAUCCGAACCAUGAGAAGAGACCCACAGUGAAGGAAGCUGCUAGGAUUUUAAGAGGUGAAACGUCACUUCCGCUUUUACCAUCAAUGAGACCAACAGUGACGAUCAGGUCUAAUUUGUUAGCCGAUUCUGAAGAUAUUUUGAACAUCGGUGGAGAUCACAGUCCUAGUGGUGAUGAUGCUGGAUGGUUGACACCUAAGAGCCAUUUCAGCAAGGCUUAG